UUCGCUUCCGCCUUCUCGCCGUGUCAUGUGGACGUCAAAGCUCCCGGGCUGACUGACACAGGGCUCCUUCGGGGUCGAAAGUCAGCGAACGAGAGACCGCUUCUCCGCCGCGGGAGCUUCGGGAUUUUCCUUUACCCCCCCCUUUACCCCCUCCCCCGCAGCCCGGGAGGCCCUCCGCGAGGUGCCGGUGUCCGGUGGUAGCGAUGGACGACGGGGAGCGGUCGCCGCUGCUGCCCGAGCAGCGCGACGGGACCAACGGCGUCUCUCCCGCGGGCGGCUCGCUCGGAUACCUGUCAACGCCGCACAGUUUGGCGCCGUUCCCCAGCGCGGAGGAGGAGCCGCCGCCGCCUCCCUACUCGCCACAGGGCAGCCCGGACAGCGGCAGCGCGCCGGUCAUCAGCUGCCGCGUCUGCCAGAGCGCCAUUCCCGUGGAGGGCAAGACGCACCAGCACGUGGUGAAGUGCAGCAUCUGCAACGAAGCCACGCCGAUAAAGAACGCGCCGGUCGGAAAGAAGUACGUCCGCUGCCCCUGCAACUGUCUCCUGAUCUGCAAAGUCACGUCGCAGAGGAUCGCCUGUCCAAGACCGUACUGUAAACGGGUCAUCAACCUGGGACCCGUUCACAUCGGCAGAGAAAGUCCCGAACCGCAGCAUCAGCCCGUCGGGGUCCGAAUCAUCUGUGGACACUGCGCCAAUACGUUCCUGUGGACAGAGUUUUCGGACCGGACCUUGGCCCGAUGUCCACACUGCCGAAAAGUCUCUUCCAUUGGUCGGCGGUACCCCAGGAGGAGGAGCCUGCUGUGCUUCCUGCUGUUUGUCGUCUUUGCCGCCUCCGCUGCAGGACUCAUGGUCGGAACGUGGACGCCCGCCCAGCACUCUAAAGGCAUCUACGUCGCGUGGGCGCUGCUGAUGCUGCUCGCUCUGUUCACCGUGGCGAGAAGCAUCUACUGGAGGUGUCUGAAAAUCAGCGACCCCAUAUCCAACGUCACGUAGAGAGAGACACAUAGAGAGGGAGACUGAGGGGUAAGUAGGAAGGAAGGAAGGUAGAUGAGAGGAGGGAAAGAGUUUGAGAAAGGAGAGGAAGGGAACAAAAUCAAACUGCACACUCAUUGGCCCGUUGACCCUUUGCUAAGCCCCGCCCCUCCACUUUUUGAGAAAAGCGACUUCAGAGAGAAUCGGGCGGGAGGGAACGCAAUGAGCUCAGAGGACGUCGGACUGUUUUAAAAGAUGGAGGAGCUACAGGAUCCGAGGGUUAAAGUAAACCACCACAAGGCGACGCACGUGGUCGGAGCCGGCUGAUGCUACGCUAUGAUUGGCCAGUCUGCGUCAGGGGGGGGGCGGAACUUAGCGCACGGGUCGGGUGUCAGAACAUCUUAACAAGCAGGAUAUUUAUUUGCUGUUGUAUUAGAAACUGAUACUGAGAUUACAUUAAGGUCGUUUGAGAUAAAGAGGGGAAAUGUUUUCUGAGCUGUUCACAGUAAUUUAACGUAAUUUGUUGUUACCUCAAAAUAUGAAAUCGGUGUUUCCUCCCAAGAAAUGCAAUAAUAGCAAAUAUCAGAGGUGUUUCCUUUUUCGACAUUGAGCUGUGUGAUCAAACCAAAUGGGCAUAUUGUGAAACAAUAUGCGAUUAAUUAAUCCUUUAAAUCAUUUAACCCAAAUCUAUUCUUGUGUUGUUCUCGCCAUUCUAGAAAAAUAAAAUAACUUGCUCUUUUAUUGUAAUUUAAAUGUUAGGAAAAUCCAAAUAUUGUUUUUUGAUUUGAGAUCAAAAAAGGGUUCAAACCAUGUGUUUACAGCCAGUUAGCUUAGCUUAGCAUAGCAUAAAAUCACAAGAUGACAGCUUCUUAACAUGUUACAUGUAAUUUGUCUUAAACUGAGAAAUGUAAUUGACAUAAUUAUUGGCAUUAAGAAUAAGCAGCAUUUCUUUAAACGAAUCUUGUCAGGGUUCAGAUCAUCUCACUGGCGGGUUUUGGGGCGUUUAAUGUUAUAUUUUAUGAAAGAAGAGCUCUGCUAAACGUUUAACUGGUUUAAGUGACUUUAAGAAUUCCCGUUCUGAGUGUAAAUAUUGGCUGAUGUUUUUCUGACUGUACAGAAUCCUCAGAUCUGACUAGGAAGCACGUUGCACUACACGGACUGAUGUGCUCGGCUUUAUUACGGUGGAUGGGUUGUAGUUUUCCUUUUUUUUUUUUGUUGCAUAUUGUGAAACAAAGUAAUACUUUUAACAACGUC